UUGUCAUACUUUUGGCAUGCGCGUUCGGAGAUGCUACAGAAAUCGUGCUCGUGAGUGUUUUUCCUGAAACAAAGUGAAUUUCAAACUUUGUUUGUGUAACGUGAAACUGUGUUGUUUAGUGAAACUUGAGUGUACAUAAUUUUAUAGUGAUUGUGUGUUUGACAAAGUCACGAUGAAUAAAACUUGCGCAAGGUGUGAAAAAACAGUUUAUCCUACUGAGGAAUUAAAAUGUUUAGACAAGACAUGGCACAAAGGCUGCUUCAAAUGUCAAGAGUGCGGGAUGACGCUCAACAUGCGCACAUACAAGGGCUACGGCAAGCGGCCUUACUGCGAAUCACACGUACCUAAAGCGAAGCACACCACCAUGGCGGAGACGCCGGAGCUGAAGCGGAUAGCGGAGAACACGAAACUGCAGAGCAACGUCAAUUACCACGCAGACUUCGAGAAGAGCAAGGGGAAAUUUACACAGGUGGCAGACGACCCCGAAACAUUAAGAAUCAAGGCGAACACAAAAAUUAUAAGCAACGUGGCGUACCACGGCGAUCUCGAGAAGAAGGCGCAAAUGGAGAAACAGAGGCAAAUAAACGAGAACGGAGAAAUUGUUGAUGUAGCUACCAACGAUAACUACCAUCAGCAAAUCGAGACGUACGCGACCGAGAUGCUCGCACCGGUACCACCGCCGAACCUACCGCCCAAGAACCACUACCAAACCCCGGUGCCGCAGACGCACCGGCAAUACACCCAAGAGUACCGUCAGGAUGACUACUACGCCUAUCCGAAAUACGAGGACUACCCGCAGAACGCAAACUAUCAAAGCACCCCGCAAAUUCCCCAGAAUUUCGGGAACCAGAAGAUCGGUAAGAUCCACGACUACGACCCCCUGAGCGACGGGCCCAGGGCCCCGCCCAACACGCAGAGGGCGUCCGCCACGCUCAUCUACAAUAGCUCCAGCGAUGGGAAACGAGGUGCACAUCACACCCAGCAACAGCAAAGCAGCCGGCAUAUCGGGCGCGUGACCGACCUCGACCCGCUCGCCAACGAGCCGGCCAUGCCCCACAUCCAUCAGAAUCACCAGUCCCAGGUCAAGCAGAGAGUUUACAUCGCCAUGUACGACUACGAAGCAAACGAUAGUGACGAGGUGUCGUUCCGCGAAGGCGACUACAUAUCGAACGUGACGUCGAUCGACGAGGGCUGGAUGACGGGACAGGUGUUGCGCACUGGCCGCACCGGCAUGCUACCCGCCAACUAUGUGGAGCUCGCGCCCGACACGCGUCCUUCGCACUGACGCCGACCGCCACCCGCGAACGAAGAUAAAUAUAACUGACACACGAUUGUAGACAAUAAUAAUUAAACACGCAAAUUAAACUUAACAAACGUUACGCAGAAUCGGAAAUAUAUAAUGUCAAAGAAUGAAUCUAAAAACAACAGUGACACAAUUAGAGACCUCAAAAAU